UUUAGAAGAACAAAAUAAAAUAGAAAAAAAAAAUAGAAAACAGACAGAGAGAUGUAUGCACGUUGUUCCUGAACACUUGAAGUUGCCUGAACCUUUCCCUGCCUGGCUAAACAAUUUGCUGUAAGACACAGUCUCAAGAUGCUUCGCUGUCCGUGGCUACCCUGAGGAGGUCGAUGCCGUCGGCUCUGUUUGACAUGUCGUGGUGGCAGGCGCUUUUAAACUCAACCCUCAGCCUCAAUCAAAGCAACAGCAGCCUGUUUCUGUAUGACGCCCCCUGCUGGCAAUCGGGAGCCAUGACGCUUACAAUAGUGCUGUGCUACUGUCUGGUGCUAAUUUUGGGGUUGCUUGGUAACAUCCUGCUCAUUUGUAUCAUUACACACCAGCGGGAGCCUCCUAACGUCACCAGCAUCCUCAUUGCCAACCUUUCUGCUUCUGACAUAUUGGUGUGCGUGUUCUGCCUUCCGUUUACUGUGGUUUACACGCUAAUGGAUCAUUGGAUAUUUGGUGCGCUGCUUUGUCGCCUAAUGCCGUUUGUGCAGUGCGUAUCGGUGACCGUUUCCGUUCUGUCUCUGGUUCUGAUCGCGCUCGAAAGGCACCAACUCAUCCUGCACCCAUCUGGCUGGAAGCCGAGCGUUCCACAGGCGUACAUGGCUGUCGUGUCCGUGUGGCUGUUGGCCUUUGUGACGGCGUUGCCUUUGUUGGCGUUCUACUUGCUUAGCAGCGAGCCGUACAGUCUGCUUCCCGUGCCGCUCCGCCACCUACAGGCCUGCCUGGAAGUCUGGCCGUCUCAGCAGCACAAACUUCUCUACACCACCAGCAUGCUACUGUUUCAGUACUGCUGCCCACUGCUUCUCAUUCUACUCUGCUACCUCCGCGUCUUCCUGCGCCUGCGACGCAGACAGCGCAUGCUGCAGCGCCAGUGCAGCCGCAACCGCGGGGACGAACACAGGCGCAUCAUGCACAGCAAACGCAUAAACGUCAUGCUCGUCUCUCUGGUGGCAGCGUUUGCCGUGUGUUGGUUGCCGUUAAACGCCUUCAAUGCAGUGGCGGACUGGCACCACGAAGUACUUCCCGUGUGCCAUUAUGACCUUUUGUUUUCGUUCUGCCACCUGCUGGCCAUGAGCUCAACCUGCAUCAACCCCAUCAUCUAUGGCUUUCUCAACAGCAACUUUCGAAAGGAUGUGGCCUCCGUGUUGCUGCACUGCCACUGUCAGACGUUGGAGGACAGCUACGAACACUUUCCGAUGUCAACAAUAAACACAGAUGUCUCACGGACAUCUAUAAGACUCAGCAGCUAUAGAAACAAUUCUGCGUAGCAGGGCUGAGGUUAAUAAGAUUGGUACUAGUAGGCAACUGCUUGAUCCAGAAGCAAAAACAAUUGUCUGGUGCUUUAUUAAGGGACAUGCCAGUCCUUCAUAAACUUACAAUGAAUACAUAGAAGAGAAUACAUAGCAACUUUGCAUCUUGUAGAGGUGACUGCAAAAACAUUUAUGGAUAUUUGGAUAAGAUAGCAGAAUAUAACUUUGGGUGUUUCCUUUUUAGUCAUGUACGACAAGAGCUAUAACCGAUGAAUUAUUAGAAGGAUACACACUUGAAUGUGAAAUAUCAUCUCUCUCUUGCCUCGAGGCAGAAAGGUAAUUCGAGUUUGGAGGUACUGACUGUGUACAACUGCCUGGAAAUCACAGCUAGCCAAGUUUUAUUGUUAACCAUAAUGCCUAGCGUAAUGCAACCUAAACCCUCAUAAAUCUGAAUCAGCCUAUACCGUCAGUCUAAAGAAGAAAAACUGACAAUAUUGUCCUGUUGUGAGUUUAAUUUGUAUUCUGCUGUGACUUAUUUAGUCUUGAACCCCUCACCUUUGACAGACAUCAUAAAAAAUCACCACAAAGCCAACAAUGGCUGAAAAAAAUCCUUCAAAAUAUUUAGCUUUUUAGAAAAUGUUAAAGUAUAUUACAGUAAAUUAUGUAUUAAAACACAAAAUGAUUGCAAGUUAUUGAAACAAGAUAGAUAACCUUUAAAAGAAAACAAAAUGUACACUAAACUAUAUCUGAUCAGAUUUGUUCUUCAGAUUUGGAUUCUUUAAAAAUGUAUUUCUUUUUGGUUUAUUGUAAAUUUUGGUAUUUCGUGAUUUUUUUAAGGGUGGCUGGUUCACUGAAAAAAAAUAUGAUUCAUUCAAUUUUCCUUAAUUAUUUUAAGGUAAGU